CGGAAGCUCCACGUCAGUACGUUUAGCACUGCGACUCUGGCCUGUACAGGGAAAAGCUUUGGCUGAGCAGAGCUCUAAGUCGAUAUCAGAAUGCCUCUCAGACUUGACAUAAAACGGAAGUUAACAGCUCGGUCUGACCGAGUGAAGAGCGUUGACCUACAUCCAACAGAGCCAUGGAUGCUAGCCAGUCUCUAUAAUGGCAGUGUGUGCGUGUGGAACCAUGAAACUCAGACACUUGUGAAGACCUUUGAGGUGUGUGACUUGCCAGUCCGAGCUUCGAAGUUUGUUGCUAGAAAGAACUGGGUCAUUACUGGAGCAGAUGACAUGCAAAUUCGUGUAUUUAAUUACAACACUUUGGAGAGAGUACAUAUGUUUGAAGCACAUUCAGAUUAUAUCCGUUGUAUAGCUGUGCAUCCCACACAACCCUACAUUCUGACCAGCAGUGAUGAUAUGCUAAUCAAACUUUGGGACUGGGAAAAGAAAUGGUCUUGCAGUCAGGUUUUUGAGGGACACACUCAUUAUGUUAUGCAGAUUGUUAUUAAUCCCAAGGACAAUAACCAGUUCGCUAGUGCAUCUCUGGACAGAACUAUUAAGGUUUGGCAGCUUGGCUCCUCCUCUCCAAACUUUACCCUAGAAGGUCACGAAAAAGGUGUCAACUGCAUCGAUUACUAUAGCGGUGGAGAUAAGCCAUACCUUAUUUCUGGAGCAGAUGACCGUCUUGUAAAAAUCUGGGAUUAUCAGAACAAGACAUGUGUACAAACUCUGGAAGGUCAUGCUCAGAAUGUGUCUUGUGUUAGUUUCCAUCCUGAACUCCCUAUCAUCAUCACUGGUUCAGAAGAUGGCACUGUUCGUAUCUGGCAUUCAAGCACUUACCGACUGGAAAGUACACUGAACUAUGGUAUGGAGAGAGUUUGGUGUGUAGCUAGCCUGCGUGGCUCCAACAAUGUGGCACUAGGAUAUGAUGAAGGCAACAUUAUCAUCAAGCUUGGACGUGAGGAACCAGCAAUGUCUAUGGAUGCCAAUGGAAAAAUAAUUUGGGCAAAACACUCAGAGAUUCAGCAAGCUAAUUUAAAAGCUAUGGGCGAUGCUGAAAUUAAAGAUGGGGAAAGACUGCCUUUAGCUGUAAAAGACAUGGGAAGCUGUGAAAUAUAUCCACAGACAAUUCAACAUAAUCCCAAUGGCAGAUUUGUUGUUGUCUGCGGAGAUGGGGAAUACAUCAUCUACACUGCUAUGGCAUUACGAAACAAAAGCUUUGGCUCUGCACAAGAAUUUGCCUGGGCACAUGAUUCAUCAGAGUAUGCAAUAAGAGAAAGCAACAGUGUAGUGAAAAUCUUUAAAAAUUUCAAAGAGAAGAAAUCUUUUAAACCUGAUUUUGGUGCUGAAGGUAUUUAUGGUGGAUUUCUUUUGGGAGUGCGAUCUGUUAAUGGGUUGGCAUUUUAUGACUGGGAAAAUACAGAGUUAAUUCGACGAAUUGAAAUCCAGCCUAAACAUAUUUUUUGGUCAGACUCUGGAGAACUUGUCUGCAUUGCUACAGAAGAAUCAUUUUUUAUUUUAAAAUACUUGGCAGACAAGGUGGCAUCUGCUCAAGAAUCAAAUGAGGGAGUUACAGAAGAUGGCAUUGAAGAUGCUUUUGAGGUUCAGGGUGAAAUUCAGGAAAUUGUUAAGACCGGUUUAUGGGUUGGUGACUGCUUCAUCUAUACUAGCUCUGUGAACAGGCUGAAUUAUUACGUUGGUGGAGAAAUUGUGACAAUUGCUCAUUUGGACAGGACUAUGUAUCUUUUGGGAUAUAUUCCUAAGGAUAACCGGCUAUACCUGGGCGAUAAGGAAUUGAAUAUUGUCAGCUAUUCCCUGCUAGUCUCUGUACUGGAGUACCAGACUGCAGUGAUGCGGAGGGACUUUAGUAUGGCUGAUAAGGUUCUUCCAACUAUUCCUAAGGAACAGAGGACCAGAGUUGCUCAUUUCUUGGAAAAGCAGGGUUUUAAGCAACAAGCCCUGGCUGUAUCAUCAGAUCCAGAGCAUCGGUUUGAGCUUGCGCUACAACUUGGGGAGCUAAAGAUUGCAUAUCAGCUUGCAGUAGAAGCAGAGUCUGAACAGAAAUGGAAACAGUUAGCUGAGUUGGCUGUCAAUAAAUGCCAGUUUGGGCUUGCCCAAGAAUGCCUUCAUCAUGCCCAGGAUUAUGGUGGAAUUUUACUCCUAGCAACUGCUUCUGGUAAUGCUGCAAUGGUCAACAAGCUCGCAGAAGGGGCCGAGAAAGAUGGCAAGAACAAUGUUGCUUUCCUCUCCUACUUCUUGCAGGGAAAGCUUGACAAUUGUUUAGAACUGCUUAUUACGACAGGACGACUUCCUGAAGCUGCUUUCUUGGCACGUACAUAUCUCCCAAGUCAAGUAUCAAGGGUUGUUAAACUUUGGCGAGAGUCUCUCGGUAAAGUGAACCCAAAGGCAGCAGAAUCCUUGGCCGAUCCAACAGAAUAUGAAAACCUUUUUCCAGGGCUGAAGGAAGCAUUUGUAGCAGAACAAUACCUUAGGGAGACCAGUCUUCAAAACUCAAGACCAGCUACAGACUAUCCUCUAGUCACUCCAAAUGAAGAGAGGAAUUUAAUGGAAGAGGCAAAACACUACGAGCCAAAAGAAAGAACAAUUCAGGAGUCUGAAAAGAAUGAAGAAACAAUGCUUAAUGUAAGCAGUGAACAAUCGCAACAUGAAGCAGACGUGGGCUCAAAAACAGAGGAGAUUUCAACAUCAAAUAUCAAAACAGAUGAGACAUUACAAGAGCUUGAAGAUGACUUAGAUAAUUUGGAUUUAGAAGACAUUGACACAACUGAUGUAAACUUGGAUGAUGACUUCUUAGAUGACUAAAAUGAAAUCGGCAUUAUUUAAGUGACCAAAUCCUUUGUAUUUUAUUCUUGAUCUAAUAUAAACAGUGGUGUCAUUUUUUAGGCACACUGGUGAAAUUUACCUUAGUGGCCAGCUCUAUUUACUUUUGUACUUAAAGUACAAAAUUAAAAAAUAAAGACUUUUUUCACUUCUCUCCAUUUCUAAUUGGAAAGGUAAAUGUGUUCAAAAUGGUGUUUUCUUUAAGUUCAGAAGUAUACUCUUAACCAUUCAGGCUAUGGCAACCAAGAAGUAUGAUUUGUGAUUUUUUUUUUUUUAACUGAAAAGUAGAAAAGAACUUGCUAAGCUUCUAUCAUUUCAAAAAAAAAAAAAAGUCUCACCCAGCUCAUUCCACAGCUGGAACUACAUUUCACCAUUAAUACAGAAGAAAUAUAAAGAUGCACAGAAACAAUCCAGUCCUUUACAGGUUUUUUCCAACUACACUUGUAUCAAAAGUGACAUGUUUUCAUAUAGUUACUAGUAAUUCCUGGACCAAUGUAAAUAAAACAAAAUUAAACCUGA